AUGAGGUUACGACAGCUGCCAUCAUUACUACUGCUUGUAUUGAUACCUUGUACUUCGGUCGUUACGGCCUUCGUGUCUUCAGAAGAAGCUGUUGCCUUAGCAGAUGGAAAGGAAUUAGGGCCGCCUCCUGAUCUAUCAGCAAGCCCAGCCUCCAAGCCGGGCGUGGAUGGCAUUGGGACAAUAGAUGCUCCGGUCGACGGCAAAGAUGGAAGACCGCACCUUGGACCUUUCGUCGAGACUGGCGCGGAAAGAGAUCGGAAGAAGGCCAAGGAAAACAGUGGAGAUGCAGAUAUCAAGAAGCCCAUACCGGAAGGGGUGCCUACCGGCGAUGGCCCCAAGAUACCAGAGACGAAUAAUGGUGUGAUGGAUGAUCCGCACAGGACUGGGCCAAAGGAGGGUACGAGAGGCACUGAAGGUGGCAUAUCGGAGAAGAAUAAAGAUAGAAAAGCAACUCAGUUGGACGGUGCCAAGCCAGAGAAGAAGCCAGAUCCACCGAAAGAGGUUCCGCCUUUGCCUCACAGCGAGCAAGAAGGCCUUGACCCAAAGGCUGCGAAGGAUGAGGGCAAGAAAAGCAAGGAGACUGGGACUGAAGACAAAGAUAAGCAGAAAGAGCUAGGAGGCCUGGAGAAACCUGCCGAUCUCCCUGAUAAACCUCAUGACCUUCCACACCCUGUUCCGGCCACAGGCUCAAAGAGCGACCCUCUAGCAAUUCUCGCGCCCUUCACACCUUCCAUCCCCAUGCUCACCGGCAAUUCCGCCUCUCUCAUUCAACCGCUGCACUCUUUCGUCCUCUCCCUCACGAUGAUCAUAUUUUCCGAGAUUGGCGACAAAACGUUCUUGAUCGCUGCCCUGAUGGCGAUGAAGCACCCUCGACUUGUUGUCUUCUCUGCCGCCUUUACCGCCCUCAUUGCAAUGACAAUCCUCUCUGCCGUUUUGGGCCACGCUGUCCCUACCCUCGUUCCAAAGAAAUAUACGAAUCUACUGGCGGCCCUGCUAUUCCUUGUCUUUGGGGCAAAAAUGCUAAAGGAAGGCUACGCAAUUCCACCGGACCAAGGAGUCAACGAAGAGAUGAAAGAGGUAGAAUUGGAGCUUGAGGAGAAAGAAGAACUUGCUCGUAAGAUGGGUCGUCGACGGUCUUCGAUUUCGCCAUACAUACUUGAAUCGGGGAGAAUGAAUGCACGCAAGACUCGGUCCAGCACCCGUCUUCCUGCCCCUCCGGACUCUCCUCCGUCUUCCCCUGAUGGGUCACGAAGUCCUUCACCCAGCAGAGGCUCGACCAUUAUGAGCUUAUUUGCAGGAGUCAAUAAUCUGUUUUCCUUACUACUUAGUCCAGCGUGGGUACAAACCUUUGUUAUGACCUUCUUGGGUGAAUGGGGCGACCGGAGUCAAAUUGCUACGAUCGCCAUGGCGGCUGGCCAAGACUACUGGUGGGUGACUGGGGGUGCAGUGAGCGGGCAUGCAAUUUGUACUGCAAUCGCCGUCAUUGGGGGUAGAGCUAUCGCAGGUAGGGUCAGCUUGAGGAUCGUAACACUGGGAGGCGGGUUUGCAUUCUUGGUGUUUGGCAUCAUUUACCUGAUCGAGGCAAUGUAUGUCGAAUAA